AUCAUGUCAUGGUGUUUUGGCCACAAGUGGUGGAACAUUUCUGUUCAUCAUUUUGUGACUUGAUGUGAUGUGAAGCAACAUCCUGUUGCAUGUUUUCAUCUGAAGUUUGGGGAAACAUGUAGAAACAGGAAACCCUCAAUAGUUAAAGCCUAAUUACCGUGGUUAGCAGAGGUUAUAUGGCAAGCCGUUUUAAUAUUUAAUGGAACCACACUCCUAUCUUUAAUUACAUUUUAGAUAUCCAGAAUAGUAUUUCUCCUAAUCAAAAUUGUAUUCUCACUAAUCAGAAUGGUAAUUAAAGCUAUCCACAAUAACGUUCUUACUAGUAGAAAUUGUAUGUCAAUAUAUCUAUAACUAUUAUUAUUAUUAUUAUUAUUAUAUAAGCUACUAUGACAUUGUGACAAUGUGAAACCUGUCUAUAGCACGUAACAUUACAAGUAUUUAACCAUGUAUUAAGACAAAAGUUAGCAGCCAACAUUACUGAUAUUUUACAUUUUAGCUGAAUGUUAGCCUUUAUGAUGACUAAAGUUAGCAGGUAGCAUUGCUGUACUAUUAGGGUAUACUAAAAUUGCCACAGUGAACAAAAGCUAACUAAACAAAGCUGAAAUUCUGUCACAGACUCCUGCUUUUUGAGACUGUUCAUCACUUAUUCUCUGUGACGGUGGUCACUUUAGUUUGAGCAACAGUGGCUUUACGUUGACUUGUAUGAUGACUAUGAUUACCAGCAAUCUUUCUUGAAGUUUUUACAACUUUUCAAGCCUUAAAGUGUAACUUCACCCCCAGGUCUGAGCCUAAGUGCAUAAUUUUGAAAAAUAUUAAAAACUGGGCAAGCGGCUGAGAGGGGGAGAGGUUAGGAAAGGUGGUAGUGUGGCUAAAUGAGGCAGGAGAGCAGGAGUUGUUCAGCGACACAUAAUUAUAAUAAUAAUAAGAAGAAGACAAACCAUGCAACAACAUUAAAACGGGCCAGAAGUCAUUUCCCAUUUCGUCCAGUAGCUCUUUAACUCUCCAACUGUCUGUUCGUGCAGUUAUCAGCUGGUAAAUUGUUGUUUCAAAAUGUUAAAUUGCAGUGUAACUGGAGUCGUUACUGGACCUGUCUGACAGCAGGCGGAGCUGCUCCAGAAGGGGACAGUUUCAGCUGACAGACAGAACAGAUAGUUUCUGGUUACACCGUGAUUGCAGGGCAAGAUAUAAGGAAGAUGUCUGUUGUUUUUGUGGCUGCCAGCAGUGUUUCCUCCUGCAGACAUUCACAGAUGGAGAGAUUUUCUCCAGCAGGCCAGCACUCCUGUUAGCUGCUGAAGCUAAAACUGUCUUGAUCAGUAUAUAUUUGAAAAUAAGCGCAGGGCUGGGGGAGAUGGGCGUUAACACUCUACCAUUUAUAUACAUUUCAUGACGUAGAGAACUCCCAAACAGUUGACUCUACGACAGCAUUGGCCAAGCCUCUUCAGGGGCCAAUUUUAAACAGCAGAUGACAGGUUAAGCCAUUUUCAACCCACGAAGUGCCAGUUUUUAUCAAUUUGGUAUCAGUGCCAAUAAUAACACCAGCAUUAGUGUGUUUCAUUACAGUACAGUCAUAUAAUUAAGUUUACUGCUCAAAAAUCAGUUUAGUGUGCAGUACCUCUUUAAUUUGACAAAGUAAAUAAGUAAUGUUACAACACUUGUUCAUUUUAUCUUAACAUUAGCUUUUAAUGGAUAAAGGUAGCAUCUAACCGAUAGGCUGGCUUCUAUCAGCUAACGUUACUAACACGGUACUAUAACGUUAGCCUGUACAUCGACCAAAGUUAACAGCUAACAUUGAUGUUUAUUCAUUUGGCAGAUGCUUUUGUCCAAUGAUGAUGUACAAAUGAGGUACACUCCAAACUACAGUCAAUCAAGGAGAAGCCUCUACACUAGCAGAAAUUAUUUUAUGAGAGAGAUCCUAAGAGGGAUGGAGAGACGGAGAAAGACCAUAUUAAGUGAGUAAUCUUGGAAGAGGUAGGUCUUUGUCUUGGUUUUUGAGGACAAAGGGGGAAUGUGCCUGCUGACAUAAUGGAGUUCAGCACCUUGUUUCAUCACCAAGGGACCAAACUGGAGAAGAGUUUGGAUUGAGAUUUUCUCCCUCACAGUGACAGAAGGACUAGUUGUCACUUGAUCGUAUGGAACAAGAAGGUGCAUUAAGCUGAAGGAGCUCAGGUAGGUGGGUGUUGUGCUAGUUGGAGCUUUAGUGACUUGAAUUUAAUGUGAGGAGCAACAAGGAGCGAGUGGAGAGUCAUGAAAAGUGGAGUGACAUGAAUUGUUUUUGGCUAGUUAAAGACCAGACAUACUAACAUCAUUGAUAGUUUUCAUUUGACCUAAAUGUCCUGUUGGUUUAAGUUAGCAGUGACCAUUGCUGAUAUUUUACAUUUGAGCUAAAUAGUGGUCUUAAUAUGGCUAAAAUUAGGAACUAAUGUUACAGAUAUUUUAUAUUUUAGCUGAAUGUUAGCCCUCAUAUGGCUAAAGUUAUCAGCUAAUUAGCAAGUAAUGUUGCCAAUAUUUUACAGUUCACCUGACAGUUUCAUGAUGGCUACAGUUAGCAGCUAAUGAUACAGAUAUUUCACAUUUUAGCCUAAUGUUAGUUUUCAUGAUGGCUAAAGUUAGGAGCUAAUGAUACAGAUAUUUCACAUUUUAGCUGAAUGUUAGCUUUCAUGAUGGCUAAAGUUAGGAGCUAAUGUAACAGAUAUUUUACAGUUUAGCUGAAUGUUAGGCUGUAUGAUGGCUACAGUUAGCAGCUUAUAUUACAGAUAUUUUACAUUUUUAGCUGAAUGUUGGCUUUUGUGAUGCAGCUAAAUUUAUUGACAUUUAAUCACUUUCUCUUUACCUUAGCCUCUAUAAUGACCAAGACAUUGUAGCAUUGCAUUAUGGUUUUUUGGGGGGGGGGGGUUGGGUUUUUUAAGACAAACAAGUUCCAGUUAUUAACAAGUUAUGCCGGCCUUACACCAAAAGACGUUUCAAACAAUUUCACUGUUGCAGACAAAUUUCCAAUGUCAGAAUAAAAUCACAAAAGUUUGUGGCAUGUUACCAUCAUCUUGAUCGUUUGGUGUAAGGUGCUCAUUAGUUGUGCUUAGUGUGCUAAAAAUAGUACUUCACCCAAAUGUCAAAUGUCUUGAGAAAUGGACUUCACCCAGGAUUUCUGAUCAUACACGUUAUAAUGUCAUAAAGUGUGGUAACUGCUUAAUGUGCAGGGGUGAUGAAAGUCAACAACACAGGAACAUCCGCUUGUGAGAGACAUAAAUUCACAGACCAAGGUCAUACAUCACUUUAUUUCCUCCUCCAAUGUGUUAUGAAUGACACACAGCUGACUGGUGAGUUCUGGAUAUUUACUGUAUUAAACUGUAUUAGUAAACUUAUAAAUAGUUUUAUUUCUAUUGGAUUUCAUUUACACAUAAUCCAUUAUUUAUAUAUAAUUAUAUUUAACCUUGUUAUACGUGAGUCAUGACAAAUUACUUUUUUUAAUAGGAAACUUUUUGUGCAACAUGCCAAAGCACAUAUGGGGGAAAGAUUCAUACAUUUUUAGUUUAUAAAUACAUUUUCAAAUGCUUUUUUUCACAGCAUUAGUUUAGCUGGUGUAGUAAAAUACUAUUUUCUUGCACUAUUUUCUACUGUUAACUUUGGAAAAUAGUAGAUAGAGUAGACUAGACUUUGACUGCUGUACUGCUGAUAUUUUCAAGUUUAUUUGUGAUAAAGUAGGUGUUUCUCAUAUAUAUUUACAGUUAUAUUUUCUUGGAAUCUGGAUUUUGAAAUCCAAAAUGUCCAAAUGUAGAGUGUCUUUAAAACUUUAAAUUAAAAAAAUACCAUAUGUCAUUCUGAUAACCAACUUUUAUUAAUACUCUAAAGAUACUUGAGCAAUAUGCUCUUGUGUCACAUCGCUGCAGAAAAGUGGAACUGGUUCAUGUACAAAUGCAAAUGUUCUCUCUGUUUUUCUCUUUCACAUAGAUUACAUUCUAAAGAAAUAAGGAAGACGGUUGAAAAGGGGAAGAGGCAAAUUCAUAAAGUCAGUCACCUGACCCACAGCUGUAUUUAAUAGAAGCACCUAAACAUAAUCUCUUUUUUAGAUUGUCUUUCCAAAAUUUUCCACCAAAUUGAUUCGUCUGAUUUGAUAAGACUAAAGUUAAUAACACAAUUUUAAGAUUUAAUUUGUCAAAAUAAUAUCAGAGUAUAACGAAAAACAUGUUAAACUUAACAACUCCGAUCCCCGGUGGUGGAGGCAGCAAUGGCAGUGGAUGCCAACCAGUCAGUAUUCUACUGGGGGUCGUGAUCCUGCUUCCCAUCCCCACCAUCAUACUGGGGCUGCUGGGAAACAUAGUUGCUCUGUGGAUCUUUUGCUUUAAACUGAAGGCCUGGAACCCCAACAACCUGUUCCUCUUCAACCUGGUUAUCGCCGACUUCCUGGUUCUCAUGAGUCUUCCUCUCAGGAUCGAUGACUUUCUCAGGAGCCACUGGGUGUUUGGUGAUGGCUUGUGCAGUAUCAGCCUCUUCCUGAUGUUUUCCAACCGCUCAGCCAGCAUGGCGCUCAUGACCGUGUUGGCAAUUUACCGCUACUUUAAGGUGGUCCAUCCUCACCACUGGUUCAGCCUUAUGACCAAGAGACAGGCUGCGUACAUGUUAGUGUUUGUCUGGCUGUUGGUCAUCAGUCUUUGGGUUCCCAUACUGACGAACAACCACACUGAGGUCAGAGGCAACAGGACCCGGUGCUUAUACUUCACUUGUUCUUCACACUUCAUCCUGGUCGCCAUGCACCGCAUCCUGACAGUGCUGGAGUUUAUCAUCCCGAUGGCCAUUCUGCUGUUCUGCACCAUCCGGAUUUCCAGCUUCCUGAGGGAGCGGCAGAUGGGAAAACCUGAAAAGGUGCGCAAGGCAAUGCGGGUGUGUACCGCUAUCGUUGUUGUGUUCAUGGUGUGCUUCUUUCCCAACAUGUUGACGACCAUCGGGAUGUGGGUCAUCCACUCGUACUGCAUGGAGGACUGUGCCACCUUCAAAAUUUUAACCAAGCUCACCUUCGUGGCUUUGGGGCUGAACUUCCUGAACUCGGCUCUGGACCCCAUCGUGUACGUCUUCUCCAGCUCCAUGUUCAGGAAAGCGCUCUGCAGCUCGCUUCCCCACUUCCUGCGCUGCGGUCAGGACACAGGCGACGCAGAGAAGACUGCAUCCUCAACUGAAAGUCAAUCAACCACCCAGCAGCAACUGUAAUCCAUGAGGGCUGACAGAGGAAAUGAAGCCAUGUAAUAAGCUUUUCUUCAGUAACAAUGACUGGAUAAUGCAGUAAAAAUCCGUUAUGUAGUAUUUUGCGCUGAAUUGUCUGUUUGUUGUGUGUGUUUUAUCAAUAUUUUUUAUACUGUUGAAGCUUUGUUUUACAUCUGUGAACUUUGUAAACACAUUAGAUAUUCAGUUAUAAUCUCUUCUUAAAUGCAAACUAAGUUAUCCUUGUAAAUAUACGUCAAACUUACCUGGUUAAACAAAUUACAGAUGUGUGUUUAUAUUAUAUGUAUUUAUUGAACCUUUAAAAUUUUAAACUGCCCUCAAAACACUUCGGAAAUCUAGACAAAUACACAUGAAGUGGCAGUGUCACAUAAAUAUUUUGAUUCAGAUCUUGCUCUAGCACUUGAUUGAAGCUAUAAGAUUUUUUUUUAAAGUUUUUUUUAUCUGAACUGGAACUAGAAAGGUCAGUUAGUUUGAGCUGUGAGUCCUGCAGAGUUUCAGAGGUAAAAUGAGUCCAGGUUUACUGAGAGAAUGGCAGAGGAAGCUGCAGUGAGGCAUUUAUCACUGACCAGCCUGAACGUCUCUUUCAAUACAUGUCAGUUAAAUGAUCCUGUACUCAUUAGUUCAUAAUAGAUGAUGAUGGAUAAUGUGCACCAUCUAGUGGACAGAUAUUAGAAAUACAUCAACGGAUCUGUGAUUUUUCUGUCUCAGGCUUGGUUUCUGGUAGAGUAAAUUAAUAGAAAAUUGGCAAUAAUGAUAAAAAAUUGCUGUUUGCAGCUUGUCAAAUGUCAAUAUUUAAAGUUUUUCUGUAUCACACAUGAUAGUAAACCGAAGUUAUUUGGUUUUUGGACUGUUGAUUUGACAAACCAAGACUUUUGAAUAAGUCACCUUGUGCUCUAGGAAAGUAUAACAGGCAUUCUUAUUACAUAUAUAUAUUAUAUAUUUCUUAUAAAUAUAUAAAUAUACUGUUUACUGGCCUCCCAAAAGAAAAAAAACACUGAGAGACUUCAGCUCAUUCAAAACCAUGCAGCUCAGCUAUAAACCAGAGGAGAGAGGUGCUACACAGUGUACACAUUAAUCCAGUUUUAGCUUCAUUGCACUGGCUCCUCCUUAUAUACAAAGCCCUUAAUGAGCCAGGACCAAGCUACAUUGCUAACCCCCUUGUUAACUAUUUGCCUUCAAGAAUACUGCAAUCAUCUGCUGCGGGUUUAUUGGAGAUUCCUAACAACAGCCGAAAGAAAGUUAGGGUUGCAGCCUUUGUCAGUUACAAACCAAAACUAUAGAACACACUGCCUAUAGAUAUUAGGGAAGCCAGCUCGCUAAAUAUUUUUUAAAGAAAGUUAAAAGCUUAUCUUCAGUUUAGCAUUUGACUAGAUUUUCUCUCAGUCUGCUUCACACUUAUUCAAAACUGCACUUCUUUUAAAAUGUUAUAUUUUACUUGAUUUUAUACAUUCUAUGUAUUCAAUGUUUUAACACCUCGGUUUUAUUUUGUUUUAUU